CAUACCAACUCUAGCCUGGUCCUCGCAACAAAAUGAGAUAACAGUAAAUUGAACUGCAAGUGAAGGAAUUUCUGGUUUUUAAUUCUGUUCAAAUUAAAUGAAGUUGGUUACGGUAUAAUGUUAUUAUGAGAAGUUUUUUAUGAAUGCUAUCUUUUCUUUAAUAUAGAGAAGUAUUGAAAACAGAUUAUUUUUAAUCUGGGAUAUAAUCUCAUGCUGCAUGUUUAGAGUAGUUGAAAACAUUUCUAAGUAGAUUAUGUUAGAAUUAAAUGUUUAAAAUGGGCAAAUUUCACAUUCCUAAUGGGCUCUGGGGGUUGAGCUAUAUAAUGCAAGGGAGAAAUACAUUCCAAGAGAAUUUUUUAUCUCUCUCUCAAAAAUAAAACAUUGCAGUAGCUGCUUUAGAGUACUGACUUACACAGGUGUCUUAACUAUCUUAGCCCUUCUCUACAGCUACUAAUGUUUGAAACUGAAAAGGAGAUGCCAGCUGACACAUAAACCAGUUUGAUAUGCAGAAAUCUUUUUUAAAAACCCACAUACAGGUGAAGUUUUUUGAUUCCUGUAGGUAAACUGCUCUUCCGAUAGACUGCAGAAAAAGUUAAUAAAAAGUUGAAAAUACAGCAUUAUCAUUCACAUAAAUUUGUGCAUAAAUUAGUUGCCAUAAAUCUGAUUCCCAUUCUGUCUCCCAGAAUCAGUGCACUAUGCACUAGGACUGUUGUUUAAGAAAUUUGGAAGGGUGAUUCCAAUAAAAUGAAAUCUGUAUUCUCAGGAUUUCCUUGCUGCUUCAGAUACAGACUGUGAGUGACUCACUAUAAAAAUAGAGAAACACAUAAAGCAGCAUUUCAGCAUAAAACCCAAUAAAGUUAAAAUUACAGCAACUACAUAGAUACAUUUUAGGUGAUUAGAAAUGCCCAAACAAAGAGGCAGACUUAAGCUUAGAUUUGCAUUGUUGCACAGCCACUAGAGCAGGGUUCCCCAGCCCCUAAUCCGUGGACCAGUACUGGCAGCACCACAGCAUGCCAGAAACGGGACUGCAAACAAGCAAAGCAGGGUUCAGGCAGCAUGGAAAACUACACUCCCUCUGGUCCCCAGAAAAACUGCCACGGAACUGGUCCAUGAUGCCCAAAAGGUUUGCUGGGGUGGGGGGUGUCACACUAGAGAACCAGGACUGACACCACCACACUCCUCCCAGGCUCCAUGGAACCUUAUCUAUCAGUUCUAUAUAAUAGGCAGAAUGUAACUCUUCAUGUGUGGAACUAGCUGCUUGCACUUGACAGCAUUGUAUCUAACAACCUAUGCUUUGUAAAUCUGGUAGAGAAAGAUCCCAUUCCUCAAAAAAAUGGGCAGUUAUCUUUUUCUUCCUUAGGGCUACAGCAACAUCCCUUCUCAGUAUGGGCAGAAUCAAAAAGUACACGCCAUAAAGAUACAAGCCAUAAAUCACAGGUAUUACAGGUUAUCCCCAGCAUUUUGUACUUGGAAACCUUUUAAUAACUAGUGUCAUAUCAUAGCUGCUACUUUGCUAAAAUAAUUUUCAUCCAUAGACAGUUAGAUGUUUAAACAGUUGUAAUCCCGGAAUCCUACGGGAUUGGGCGGCAUAUAAAUUUAUUUAAAGUUAAUUUACCUACAUUUUAAAGGGCAUCUCCAAGUAGAACACAUUAUAGUAAUCAAGUGUGAACUGUUAAGGCUAUGAUUGACUGUUAUGCAGGUCUCACAUUCCACAAGGAAAGGUGGUUGGUGUACCAGAUGAAACUCAGUAAAGGUCUUGCUGUCCAUGUUUGUACUUGCUUUCAAACAGAAAUCAUGAAUCCAGGAGAAACCCAGUGCUUCAUCUGAUGAAGUUUGACCCAAUCUAAAAUCAGUGUUGAAACUGACAUGAAGCCAGGUGACUUCUGGAGCUGCUGCUGUUGUUUUGGCUGUGAUUUAAAUUGAAUCUGUUUCAUCCUAUUGAGUCCCUCACAGCUUCCAUACACCAAAUUAGGUUUUCCACUGGUGUUCCUGCUCAACCAAGAAGUAGAGCUGCAUAUCUGGCAAUAGUUGCCUGUUCUUUCUCUGAUAUUUCCAAUAAAAACCCCAAAGAGACUGAGCUAAUACAAUGUAAAGCUCUCCAUUUCCUUGGCUUCCACAGGUUCAAAAGAAUGCCAGGUGACUUCACAAGAGAUUGCCUCAGUGACGUCAUUGGUUUUUGCCCAUGAUGUGUGCAACUCAAAUGAGCAAUUUUAUCCAGAAAAUGCCUAGCAAAAAAGUCACAGUAACUUGUAAACCUACCCUAGAAUCAAAGAUAUGGAAGAAUAUUACUUUGUAAUAUUCAGCUUUGUCAUAGCUCCCUUUUUAAAAUUUCUUCCUAGUUCCCUUUUCAUUUUUUUCCUUUUGCUUCCAUGUUUCAUAUAUUCCUAUGUUCAUUUCUGCACAUUCUGUUCCUCAAAGAAAUCAGAAAUAGCUAUGAAGUAUCCAUAAAGUAUCUAGCUUCUCACAGCCUCUUUCAUUGUGAAAAUAAUGUUCUUCAGGACCACAUUUUCAGAAAGAGCUGAUUGCAGUUUAACCAUUGGAAUAAAUGCUGUCUUAAGGAAAUGGCACACUUUUUUCCUGUCACAUUAUAGUUAAGAUACACCACGCAGGGAUGGGGUUUUAGGAUGAGAACUGGCAGGUGACUUGACACAGAGAGAACAGCGGAAAUACCUUAAGCUAGAAUAAUGAAAAUUGACAAGCAGGAGUCCUUCAGCUGUUCUUCUUUCUUCCCCCAAUCCUCGGUUGCCAAGAAACAGCCUGCUUUCUUUUCUCUCUCUCAAACCAUUCUUUAUUUAUCUCCGUCAUGGUCUCCCAAAAGUCGUUUCUUAACUAAAAAUCUCUCUGGUUUCAAUUUAUACAGUAGGUAGAACAAUCUCCUGGUUUUUUUUAUUUGCCCUUUUUGCAUUUUUUAUCAGACAUAGCUUUUUUUAAAAAAAAAAAUCAGAUUGUCAAAACUGAAAUAAAAUACUAUAUAUAAAAGGUUUGUUUCUAGCUCUUAUCUAGUGACCAUCCCACUAGAAAUAAUUCUAGUGAUUAUUUUCCCCCCCUGUUAAUUAGUUGAAAAAAAAGCUUUUUUUCUUUUAAAGUUCUGAAACGUCAUCUCCAACCUCCCUUCAUUUUGCGUUUGCCUCUGUACAUGAACUCGUUGAAGAAAGGCUCCAUUUGGCCUCUCUGAUGUAUUUAUAUAAAGGCAGCGUAGAGGGAAGCAGAUCGGUUGCUCUGGCUUGCUUUCUGACCUUGGGGGUUACCAAGUCUGACAUUCCUGUGAGAUCACAUGGCAAGGAUUGGCAGGCACAGCUGUCCCAAUGGAAGGGAGGGGCUUGGGAGGGUCCAUUCCGAUUGAAUUUCACUCCAGCCACUUAGGCUCUUUCCUGCUUUCCUCGCUGUGCUUUUCUUGUCUUCCACUUUGUUUGUGGCCUGGGUUGUAGAAAGCUCUGAUAGGAUAGCAGCACUGAGGAUGCUAUUCUAGAAGAUCAGGGUAGUUGCUUUAACAUUUGGGUGGGCCUUUCUUUUCCAACCCCGAUUGACAUUCCUCCAGGCUAAGCCAUCCGAGAUUCCGGUGGGCCCUGAGCUUUGGCACCAUGCAGUCCAUCCUCCUGUUUUAGCACCAACUUCACUGUAAUUGUUUCUUUUAGCCCAACUAAACAGCCACUCCGACAGGUCUGCUCUUCCGACAAGUUGGUGUAUGCAGCUCCGGAGCACAAAGAAGAUGGGACAGGACCAGACCAAGCAGCAGAUAGAAAAAGGACUCCAAUUGUAUCAGUCCAGUCAGACAGAAAAGGCCCUUCAAGUCUGGUUGCGGGUUUUGGAAAAGAGCACAGAUGCAGCUGGCAGGUUUCGAGUUCUGGGAUGCCUCAUCACUGCUCACUCGGAGAUGGGCAGGUACAAAGAUAUGUUAAAGUUUGCAGUCAUGCAGAUUGACACUGCCCGAGAACUGGAGGAUCCUGACUACCUUACUGAGAGCUACCUGAAUUUGGCACGGAGCAACGAGAAGCUCUGCGAAUUCCCGAAAACCAUCUCCUAUUGUAAGACCUGCCUGAACAUGCGAGGUACAACAUUGGGCCUGCAACUAAAUGGCCAAGUCAAUCUUAGCAUGGGCAAUGCCUACUUUGGCCUCAGUAUCUUCCAAAAAGCUCUGGAGUGUUUUGAGAAAGCUCUACGGUACGCACACAACAAUGAUGACAAGAUGCUUGAGUGUCGUGUCUGUUGCAGUCUAGGAAAUUUCUACACACACCUCAAAGACUAUGAAAAAGCUCUGUUUUUCCCAUGCAAGGCAGCAGAGCUGGUGAAUGAUUAUGGAAAGGGCUGGAGUUUAAAGUACCGAGCAAUGAGCCAGUUCUACAUGGCUGUAGCCUAUCGGAAGCUGGGCCGCUUGCCAGAUGCUAUGGAAUGCUGUGAGGAGUCAAUGAAGAUUGCGCUUCAGCAUGGAGAUCGUCCUUUGCAAGCACAGUGCCUGCUCUGCUUUGCUGAUAUCCACCGCAGCCGUGCAGAUGUACAGACAGCUUUUCCCCGCUAUGAUUCCUCCAUGAGCAUCAUGACUGAGAUUGGAAACCGUCUGGGACAAGUUCAGGUGCUGCUUGGUGUAGCCAAGUGCUGGCUGAUGCAAAAGGACCUUGACAAGGCAUUAGAAAAUGUUGAGAGGGCUCAUGAGCUAGCAGAGGGACUAGGAAACAAACUUUGCCUGCUGAAGAUUCAUUGCAUCUGUGAAUGGAUCUAUCGCACAAAGGGUCAGCAGAGGGAACUUCGUAAUCACGUGGUGAAGUUCCACGAAUGCGUUGAAGAAAUGGAACUCUACUGUGGCAUGUGUGGUGAAUCCAUUGGUGACAGGAACCAUCAGCUCCAGGCAUUGCCCUGCUCCCAUGUCUUCCAUUUAAAGUGCCUGCAGACAAACGGAACACGAGGUUGCCCCAACUGCCGGCGUUCAUCAGUUAAACCAGGGUUUGUGUGAUCUGCUGAUGAACUGAUGACCUAAGAAAAUUCACCCAGAAGGUGUGAAAAGACGGAGUACUGGAGCAGUUCUGUUACAUGAUCUAGAGAUGAAACCCAUCAUAUAGAUACAAAAUCUCCUACAGAAUUGAUGGAAAAUGCAGGCCUAGAUCUUUGUCAAGCCUUUUCACACAGUUGUCACACCUCUCCCAGGAAUUCUGUGUCCUCCUUUUUCAAAGGCGAUACAAUAAGCCACCUUUGCUCCUUCAACAAUGUGUUUGCUUGAUUUUCCACAAUCUCAAUUUGAUUUUGAUUUUAAUUUUCUGCUUCUUUUGAUAGCUUCUUUCAGGGCCAACUCUGACACUCAUAUUUCACUUAUUUUUAUUCAUUCCUCAUGGGAAGCAUACUGAUCCUGCCUACAUAAUGCUUCUUGGACUGGCACAGUAUUGCUUUCUUGUAUGCAUGUUGACAGCUCCUCUUUUCCAGACAUUGCUUGAAGUUACUUCAACUUAACAUUCUGACUGAUGUUUUUCUUAAUUUAUUUGGUACCUAACAGCGGUUAAUGCUUUAAAACAACUGUUAAGCCAUUCAUAAUAUGUCAUUUUCCAUUUGCAAAGAACAUUUCCCAAAUUGAUGCUCUCCAAAUGAUUUCCAGAAAUUUUUAGUAGCCUGGGAAUUGUGGGAUUGAAAGUCGAAAUUGUCUGGAUUGGGCAACUGAUUUUAUGUCAGAGUCAAGAGACUGUGAUGUCCCACCUGCCUCUCAGCAAUGUAACUCUUUCAGUAUGUCUCUAUUUUCAAUGUACAGGAUCCUUCAGUUCUUCUGAAAGUAUCGGAUACCUUUAGUUUGCUUACAUUCUCACAGAACAUUCAAUUUCUGCAUGGGACUGGGGUGUGGGGGGAGCCUUAUAGUGUCCCAGGGAAUGUUUCUUGUCUUGUAUUCCUUUCCCAUCAUCUUGUAAUGUUUUAUGGGCUGUGAUCGGUCCAAUCAUGGAAUUGUGAGCAAUAUAUUUAUACUUUCUGUAAACUGUUUAUACUGGAAUAAAUAAAAUCGUAGCCUAGAA